ACUUCGCUCCAACCAGUCAAAGGUUAAAUUUUUAAAAUCAAAUCUAGGUUAAAAAAAUUCAUUGUAUUUUUUUAUGUAAAGUAAUUUAAUAAUAAUUUAACAAUUAUGGCUAAUAAACAACGUGUUCUGAUGAUAUGUUUAGGAAAUAUUUGUCGUUCUCCUAUAGCAGAAGCUGUUUUCGAUGAUUAUAUUAAUAAAAAUAAUUUAAAUGAUAAAUGGGAAGUUGAUAGUGCAGCAUUAAUUGGUUAUCAUACUGGUAAAUCACCAGAUAGUCGUGCAAUGAGUACUUUGAGGGAUAAAGGAAUUAAUAAUUAUUCACAUCGUGCUAGACCAAUAACCAAAGAUGAUUUCAAUAAAUACGACUGGAUUUUUGGAAUGGACGACGACAAUAUCUCCGAACUAAAUCGUCUAAAACCCUCUGGCAGUAAAGCUAAAGUUGAAUUAUUGGGAUCUUAUGAUCCUGAAGGAGAGAAAAUAAUUCGAGAUCCUUAUUAUGAUGACAACAGCGCAGGUUUUGUUAAAGCUUACGAACAAUGUGUAAGAAGUGUCGAAUCAUUCCUACAAAAACAUUAAUGUAUAAAUAACACGUGAUAUUUUAAAAUAAUUAUUUAGUUAUAUAAUUUUUAAAAAUCAUUGUUAAUAAAAAUGUCUGAUA